AUGGAUAUGCCGGAAGUAGUGAAACGACCGGAACUUGUUGUUCAUAAGGUCUAUCUCGACACUGAACCAGCAGCUUUCAUAUGUUUACUCAAGGAAAUACGUAGACGUAGUCUCAAUCCGAUUGACUUCGAUGCUGCAAGCUAUGCCGAGAUGCCCACUGUUGAGCUAAGUAACGGCAAGCGGAUAACUGAACUAAAACAUCCGGACUGGUUGAUGAGGAGUUCGUUUUAUCGUCCUGAGAAAAUGAAAACAUAA